AUGAAUAAGUUUAAUCUCUUGGUUAGCAAUCAUCAAAGGUUACUUACAGAACCUCACAUGUUUUUCGUAAGUCAUAAUGUUAUAUCAUCAUCAACAUCACAAUCGCUAUCUUCACCGUUUUUAGGAAAAGCUGCUGGGAAUGGUAAUCCAUUUAUGCACCGUAAUCACGUUCGGAGAAAAUAUUGUAACUGCGUUCCUCAAACCUUUGGUUCUUGUAAUGGUCUGGUUUGCAUAAAACCAUGUCAUAACAUUAGUACUAUUUGCAUUUGGAACCGUAGUACGAAAGAAUUCAAACAAGUUCAAGCAACCCCGAUUGAAUAUCCUCCAUAUGCAUCAGGAGAUAUGGAGUCACGGGGUAUUCGGACUUCGUAUGGGUUUGGUUUUGAUUGCAAGGCUGAUGAUUUUAAGUUGUUACGGAUUGUGGGUAUUAAAGGGGAAUGUGUUUCUGAAGCUAGAGUUUAUACAUUAGGACUAAAUUCAUGGAAAAGCCUUGGGUUUAUUCCGUAUACCUUCUAUUGGUAUAGAGAACGUGGUCUACUUGUUGAUGGUGUUCUGCAUUGGAUUGCUGUUCAGCGCAUUGGAUCUGAAGCCCCUCCAUAUGUUGUUUCUUUUGAUAUUUGUGAUGAGACAUUCCGCUAUACACCAUUUCCUGACAAACGUUUUGCUACCCAUGACAUGUCAUUUUUGGGUAUAUGGGAAGGGAAACUUUGCCUUAUACUUUACCAUGACCAGGAUAAUGAUGUUGUGUAG